CGAACAUCCAUUUCACAUCGACGAGACUGAACCAGGAACUACGGAAAAGAUUGUUCCGCUCUUUAAAUUAGUGAAAGAUGGGAAAAAAGGAUGCAAGUUCUGUCAAGCAGCCGGUCGAUCAGUACCGUAAACAGAUCGGAAAGCAGGAUUACAAGAAAACCAAGCCAGCAUUGCGAGCCACUCGACUGAAAGCGGAGGCGAAGAGGAGCGCUCCGGGAAUCAGGGACAUCAUAUUGGUUGUAGUGGCUGUUCUGGUCUUCCUCCUGGGUGUCUAUGCAUUCUUUUACCUCAACUUGAGCACCGAACUGAACUUGGACUCGGACAUGGACUAAAGAAUAUUUGUCACUCACUCAGCGCAGUUGAUUCUGGGAUGCUGAACUCAUGGGCACACAUAUGUCCGCCCACAGUUUCAUAGUAUUACAUACUGUAUCAUUCCUUUGCUUGAUUUCUUCUAUGCCUCAUAACCACCAAAGCUUAGACUGUGUAAAGAAAAAUGAGUCUUAACGUGCAUAGAAGCAUAAAGAGAGUUAAAAAAAAACAUUGUUUUUCCAUUAUUUAUUUUUUUACAUUUUAAUAAAGCUCCACCUGCCCCACAGUUUUCAGAUUUAAACAGCUAAUAUUUUUCCUUCUUUGGGAUCUUUUAGAUUUAGACAUUUCCAUUUUACAUUUGUAUAAUGGUGCAGAUGGAUUUAUGCUAUUCAAAUUGGAUGGACUUAUCUGCUUUAUGUUGUUUUAUUAUAACAAGGUAAUACAUUAUUUUAGUAUAUUUUUAAUUUGUAUAUUUUUUCCCCCUGAGAUUUUUGAGGGAACAUUUACAUUUUCUUUUAUUAUGUUUCCAAUCUACACAGUCGAGUAGGUGUGCAUUCCAUACCAUAAUCAUUUUCUUAUAGAUCUAGGCUUCUCAAUGCUGGAGAUUCGAGGUAAUAGUCAAUCUCUGAUCAUGUUGGUGUGUGCAAUGCUGAGAUUCUUCUUUCUCACUGUCAUAGCUCUACUCAUUAGCAUAUCAAAUACCGUAAACUUUGGUUACUGAAAGCCAAAAGAGCAACCAUGAAAGACACUGAAUAUUACCACCAGACCUUGAUGUACUCGCUGCUUUUAUGUGGGUGUAUGAUCUCCAGAGACAUAUUGAAAUGAUCAAUCAGUGUGAGGUGCUUUUUUUAAAUAUUAUUUAAAAAGAAGACAAAAAUACAGCCCUGCCUUGACAGUCAGUGCUUCCCUGUGUGUGUGUGUGUGUGUGUGUGUGUGUGUGUGUGUGUGUGUGUGUGUGUGUGUGUGUGUGUCAAGAGCGAGAGUUGUAGUGUGGAAAAUGAAAGACUGAGGCUGAUGACAUUCAAGGUUAAUUUACAUUCUCUUUGUAUAGCGUAUUGGAUCUCAUACCAUCACACAGCAAAGACUUAUUUCAUUCCAGUCCAUGAGACUUGUUUUAUCUUUCCCUGCAUGAGGUAUAUGUCUCUAACUCAGGACAAUUGCUUCGCUGCUCAACCCUUAUUUUCCUGGGACGUCUCACUGUUAUGAUUAAUUGAAGGAUUGAUGCACUAUUGAACAAAACAUUUUUGUAGUCUGUCUUUGAUUUAAACUCAUGAGCUUUCCAAGUUCUUUCAUAGUGAGAUCGAACUAAAGUAAAACAAAGAAUCUCAUGUUUCUUGUUGACUGUUAUGCUUGUUCUUCUUCUCUGUUUCUUUCAUACUUGAGAUAAAACUCUAACUAUUGUCAAAACACACUGAUGCUGAUAAAAGCUUAUUGUGUUAAUUUUUUAAAUCAUUUUAAAAUGUCAAGCUUACAGUAUAAACAGUUUCAGUGCCUUAUGGUGUGCACACAAAUAAACAUUCUGUCAUCGUUUAGUCACCAUCAUAUUGCUCCAAAACCAAUUGACUUUUCUUUUUUUAUGUGGGACUCAAAAAAUGUUAGUCAGAAUGUUAGGAAUUUUUAAGCUCUAAAAGCCACUGAAGAAAGUCAUAUGAGUUUGGAACAAUAUGAGGGUGAGUAUAUGACAACAGUAUUUUUGUUUUUCGUGAACUAUUGAGCACACAAGACAAAAGGUUGUCCCCAUCUGCACAUAUAUGAUUUUAUUAUGACAUAUAUGACACAAGUUUCAGUCUUGUGGUGUACGCUAGGAAUAAUUUAUUAAGGUAUAAGUUCAUACCCCAAUCAUCCCUUGCGCACAGGUGUGAUUGUGCCUGGUUAACCUCCCGAGCUCAGUUUUGUGUAUGUGGGCGUGUGCGGGCAAAGUUUGUGUAAGUUAGUAGUUAUAGCUCACCUGUUGCCAAGGUUGCCCUGGCUAUAGAAAACCUGAGAGGCCACAUUCUCAGGUUAACAGUGUGUGUGCCCCUCUGCCUCAGCCAUUAAGUCAAUGGCAGCUAAACUGUAAGACCCCGGCCUAACCAUGCCCAGUGCUACCGAUGUCAAUUAUUUCCAGUAUGACUGUGUUAGUUCAUGAACCCAAGUCACUUCAAAGACUUUGGUCAUUAAUCUUACAGUUCAAACACAAUCGAUGUUUAAUCACUGACCCUUAACACUUAGUUUAAUAAUUUUAAACCAUGAUUUUACCUAUACAUAAUUAAUAUUUACAUUACAUUCAUAAUGUUAGCCAGAGGCUAACAUUAGAGGCUUUUAUCUAAAUUACACAAUGAUGAUUAAUCGACUUUAUAGACAUUACAGUUUUAUCGUCUGUUAAUGCUGAUAUUCUGUAAAGCUGCUUUGAAACGAUGUGUGUUGUGAAAGGCGCUAUACAAAUAAAAUUGACUUGACUUGUUGCAGCUGGUAGCUGUUCACAUUCACACCCCACUACACUCAUUAGCAGCAACAGGUGGCCAGUAGUGGGCAAACAGUGGAAGCUGAAAGUAACUUGGGAAAAUGGCACUGCAUGGGUAAUUUUCUCUAUAGCUACAGUGGCUGCUGCAUACAUUUAUGAAUACGCUAGUGAUAUCACCUGGCAUCAAGGUUUUAUCUUGAAUAUUAAACAUUUAUCAGCUUAAUGAGUGUUCUUGGAGAAUGGUGGUGGCAACCAUGGCCAUAACCAGCUAUGAGGUCUCCAAGGCCCAGACCUCU